CGUCUCUGCAGACUGCCAGUGACACACACACAGCUGGAUGUACAGUGACAAGCCGGAGAACUGAAGAUCUCUGCAUGACAAGCGCUGAUCACAAGUUAUUUUAUUUUUUCCCGCACCCCCUCCAAGAAGAAACCCCCCAAACCCCAUGCAACUAGGGGGGCACCCCCAGAGCUUGUGUGAUGUCACAUCCGAUGCCCAGGUCUGAGCACCUCUCCUAGAAGCUCUUCUCCUCCUCCUCCUCCUCCUCCUUUCCUCCACUCCUUCUCCAGCUUGCUCUCCUUGUGCGGGGCUCCAAAGUUUGGCUGCUGGAUCAGCACCAGGGACAGCGCAGGAUGUACAGCGAGGAGCAUUGCUGAUGUUCUGGCCAGACAGAGGAGCAGCAUCAUGCAGACUCCAUGCAGCCUCCUCAUCAUCACCCUUCUGCUUCUGCUAGAGCCUUCCAAGACACAAAUAAGCCCUCGGGAAGGCUGGCAGGUUUACAGCUCAGCACAAGAUCCUGAUGGCCGCUGCAUUUGCACCGUGGUGGCUCCAGAACAGAACCUGUGCUCCCGAGAUGCAAAAAGCAAACAACUCCGGCAGCUUCUAGAAAAGGUGCAGAAUAUGUCACAAUCAAUAGAGGUGUUGAAUCUCCGCACACAAAGAGAUUUCCAGUAUGUACAGAAGAUGGAGACCCAAAUGAAAGGUUUAAGGUCUAAAUUUCGGCAAAUUGAAGAGGACCGGAAAAAUCUAUUAACUCGCCACUUUCAGGAUCUGAAAGAAAAGAUGGAUGAGCUCCAGCCACUAAUUCCAGUUUUGGAACAAUAUAAGACAGAUGCCCGGCUAAUUACACAGUUUAAAGAGGAGAUCAGAAAUUUGACUGGUAUUCUCACAACCAUCCAACAUGAGAUAGGGGCAUUUGACUACGAAGAGCUGCAUCAACGGGUUCUAGGACUGGAGACCCGACUGAGAGAUUGCAUGAAAAAACUAACUUGUGGAAGACUGAUGAAGAUUACAGGUCCUAUUACUAUAAAGGCAUCUGGGCCAAGGUUUGGAGCAUGGAUGACAGAUCCUAUAGCAUCAGAGAAAAAUAAUCGUGUCUGGUACAUGGAAGGAUUUACAACCAGCAAGAUUGUACGUGAGUAUAAGUCAAUGGCAGAUUUUGUCACUGGGGCAGAGUCAAGGACUUACACACUACCGGUGAAAUGGGCCGGCACCAGCCACUUAGUGUAUAAUGGGUCACUAUACUUCAACAAGUACCAAAGCAACAUCAUUAUUAAGUACAGCUUUAGCACAGGGAAGAUUUUGUCCCAACGUAGUCUGGACAAUGCUGGAUUCAACAACGUAUAUCCUUACACAUGGGGUGGCUACUCUGACAUUGAUCUCAUGGCUGAUGAGUUUGGGUUAUGGGCUGUUUAUGCUACCAACCAGAAUGCUGGCAAUAUUGUUAUAAGCCAAUUACGGCAGGAUACAUUAGAGGUGUUAAAAAGCUGGAGUACAGGAUAUCCUAAGAGGAGUGCUGGAGAGUCCUUUAUGAUUUGCGGCACAUUGUAUGUCACCAAUAACCAUCUCACUGGGGCGAAGGUCUACUACUCAUAUUCUACCAAGUCCUCUACAUAUGAAUAUAUGGACAUUCCCUUUCAUAAUCAGUACUUUCACAUAUCUAUGCUGGAUUACAAUGCUCGAGAUCGUGCCCUGUAUGCCUGGAACAAUGGACAUCAGGUGCUUUUUAAUGUCACGCUUUUUCACAUCAUUAAAACGGACAGUGAUGUGUGAGAUUCAACACAACAAGCCUUCCACCGAGGAGCCCUUGUUCAUCUGUAUAUAGUUUUUUCUACUUUUCUCCAUCCAGUUUGUCUACAUCGUCUAUGCUCACUCUAACGUGACAUCUCACAUGUAUUAGCUGAUAAUCCUUCUGUUACAGCAUAUUUAUUUUCUCUUCUGAGAUAGCUAUCUCAGUCGUCAUGCAAAACUCAACAAUCUGUUAAGUACAGCUUACAGAUGUUUUAUGGAAGGCAACUGGUUUUUAUAUUGAUUUUUUAGCUGUAUAGAGCACCAAACUAGAAGUGCAUAUAAGAACCUGUCUUUUCAUAAGGUAUAUAUUUGUAGCAAUACCUAGCAGUUAGAGGCAAAAAACAGCAAUGUAGUGGAUAAUGUGAGUUCGGGGGAGAUGAUGAUACUGAAGAAACAGAUGCAAGAGGAAUGUAAAUCUCAUCAUUUACAUGCUCAGUCCACAACAAAAAGAUGAAACCAUAUUUACACAUAUAUAAAAAUCCUUGUUUUAGGAUAAAGAGCAUAGUGGAAAGAAUGCAUCUCAUAUUUAUAAAAUACAUUUUUAAAUACAUGAAAUAGGUCAUAUUUAGAUAUACAGUAAAACCUUGGUUUGAGAGUG